UUUGUCCGUUGACAGAAAUCGAAGCUGUUCUUCGCAGCGAGUUUCUGUCAUGGAUGCUAUGGCGGCGCCAGUUUCUUCCCCUAUCUUUCCGACACAGAACCUGCCGUCUUCGUUUCCCGCUACUUCCCCGUCGUCUCUGAUCUUUCGAAGGAAGAAUCUUGGAAGGAAUAAUCUCAAAUUCAAAUCUUUGAGAAGCCUCUCUGUUCGCGCUUCCUCUACUCCCGAUUCUGUUGUGACUCUGCUUGACUAUGGAGCUGGGAAUGUCCGAAGCGUCCGUAACGCCCUUCGCCAUCUCGGUUUCAGCAUCAAAGACGUUCAAACGCCGGAAGACAUUCUGAAUGCCGAUCGCCUUAUAUUUCCCGGUGUUGGGGCGUUUGCACCUGCCAUGGAUGUGCUUAACAAGACCGGGAUGGCGGAAGCCUUGUGCAAAUAUAUCGACGAUGACCGUCCAUUUUUAGGAAUAUGUCUUGGGCUACAACUACUUUUUGAGUCUAGUGAGGAGAAUGGACCAGUUAAAGGUCUUGGCUUGAUACCGGGAAUAGUUGGACGUUUUGAUUCUUCGAAAGGUAUCACAGUUCCCCACAUUGGCUGGAAUGCUUUGCAACUGGGGAAGGAUUCAGACAUUUUGGAUGAAGUUGGAAAUCGUCACGUAUAUUUUGUCCACUCGUAUCGGGCCAUCCCGUCAAAUGACAACAAGGAAUGGAUUUCAUCUACCUGCAAUUAUGGUGAAACCUUUAUAUCCUCCAUCAGAAGGGGAAAUGUCCAUGCAGUGCAGUUCCAUCCAGAAAAAAGUGGAGAGGUUGGCCUCUCUGUUUUGAGAAGGUUCUUGCAUCCAAAAUCAUCUGUGGCAAAGAAGCCAAAGGAAGGGAAGGCUUCAAAACUUGCAAAGAGGGUGAUUGCUUGUCUUGAUGUGAGGACAAAUGAUAAAGGAGAUCUUGUUGUAACCAAAGGGGACCAAUAUGAUGUGAGAGAACAAUCCGAUGAAAAUGAGGUUAGAAACCUUGGCAAACCAGUGGACUUGGCUGGGCAGUAUUACAAAGAUGGGGCCGAUGAGAUUAGCUUCUUAAACAUAACUGGGUUCCGCGAUUUCCCUCUAGGGGAUAUGCCAAUGCUGCAGGUGUUGAGGUACACGUCAGAGAACGUUUUUGUGCCACUAACGGUUGGAGGUGGUAUUAGAGACUUUACAGAUGCUAACGGAAGGUAUUAUUCAAGUUUGGAAGUUGCUGCCGAAUAUUUCAGGUCUGGUGCUGAUAAGAUCUCCAUUGGAAGUGAUGCUGUCUAUGCUGCAGAAGAAUAUCUGAAAUCGAGGGUAAAAACAGGAAAGAGUAGUCUAGAGCAGAUAUCUAGAGUUUAUGGAAACCAGGCUGUGGUUGUAAGUAUUGAUCCACGUAGAGUUUACGUCAGCAAUCCUGAUGAUGUGCCAUACAAGGUCACACGAGUAGCUAACCUAGGCCCAAAUGGAGAAGAAUAUGCCUGGUACCAGUGCACGGUCAAGGGAGGACGAGAAGGUCGGCCUAUCGGAGCUUAUGAGCUUGCAAAAGCAGUUGAAGAAUUGGGUGCUGGUGAAAUACUACUAAACUGCAUAGACUGUGAUGGGCAGGGAAAAGGAUUUGACGUAGACUUAGUAAAGCUUAUAUCGGAUUCAGUAAGCAUCCCGGUUAUUGCAAGCAGUGGAGCGGGCGUUGUGGAACACUUCUCUGAGGUAUUCGACGAGACAAAUGCAUCUGCUGCCCUUGCUGCUGGCAUUUUCCACCGGAAAGAGGUACCGAUCCGGUCGGUGAAAGAGCACUUGCAGAAGGAGGGCAUAGAGGUUCGGAUCUGAGAGUCCUCCAUCCGGACAAGCUUAAUCUGCUUGUCUCCCUCCUGUUGUAUUCUUCUGAAACCAUGAUUGAAGAUUCUCCAUUCUUUUUUCUUUCACAGGCAAUUUCUUAUGUUGAAUUAUAAGAUAUUUCAUUAUCAAGGAUGCGAGGGAAAUUACUAAUUGUUCAUGUGCGUUUA